AUGGCAGGAACAGGAGUUCCGCCAAUCAAUAUCGAGGGCACCGCUGAUUGGUCAUCCUUGAGUAGGAUGAUGAACAGCAAGGGGAUUCAAUUCUCCAAAGCGAGGACGGCGGGUACCAGUGUGAAGGUAUUCACAAAUACACCAGCUGACUACCGUCAGCUAGUCGCACUGCUGGAAUCCAUCAAGCGGCCCUUCUUCACCUAUCAAUUGAAGGAGGACAGGAUGGACCAGAGGGUCAUUCGUGGGCUUCCGAGGGAGAUGUCAGUAAAUGACAUCAAAGAGGAUCUAGUGAGCCAAGGCAUCGCAGACGCCGAGGUUCAGCAGAUGACCUCAAGGACCACAAAGAAGCCACUUCCGCUCUUCCUCGUCAAGACGAAGAUGCCGGAAAAGCUUGCAGAGAUCCAGAGGCUGGCCAUGCUCACGGUCGGCUUCGAGAGGAAGAAAAAGUCUUCCAAGCCCAGCCAAUGUUACCGCUGCCAGCGGUACGGGCACACACAGCGGAACUGUCGUCUCGCUGAACGCUCAUUGCAGUUCAGCAUGUCUUCAACUGUCCAAUUGUCCGAUUACAGUGGAAACCACUUUGAGAGCAUGGAAGCUUACAGCAAUAUGCUGCUGACCGAGGGUGUUUCACCCCUUCCGAACUCAACCGAAUCUUCGCCACCGUAUAGUGCUGCUGGCCCUGUUGCUGAGUACGGGGAUGGAAAUUACGGUUUUCAAGCUGGAGGAAACGUUUGUACAAACAACUACCAUGUGGAAAACAACUUUGUGGAUCUACAAAUCAACCAACAUCUAUCGAAAUGUACAAACGACCAACAGCCCAAUUUUUCAUUUUCGACUCAGGAUGCUCAAGUUGCCAUCCAGGGAAAACCGCUCUAUAGCAUCCAAAUUCCCUACCUAUACGCUGACAGCCAAGAUAAAAGAUCGACAGAUACAGAAAAGAGCCUUCCACCAGGUCCAAUCAGUCCAAAGCGGAGCUCAAGCGAUACUCCAAAUACCAAACGAGUCAGAACAGCUUAUACUCCAUCCCAACUUGUUCAACUGGAGAAAGCGUUCCACUCUAACAAAUACCUGUGCCGAAAAAGUCGUACCCAAAUGGCUCAACUCUUAAACCUGACGGAACGUCAGAUCAAAGUCUGGUUCCAAAACAGAAGGAUGAAAUGUAAAAAGGAACAAAAACAAAGGACGCCCUCUCCUGGAUUAGACAACAGGACCUCUCCUACUCUGUCAGUUGCUGCAUCAACUCCUAGUUCACAUAGCAAGCCAAGGGUUGAAACGGUGAGGCCGGAUCAUCAUUUGGUGACUGGCGGGCAGGCUGGUCGUAGUCAAUGCGUACCACAAACUGUACAGGGAGACCAGUGGGAAGGUAACGCUUUGUACAUCAGCCAAUGUCAAAGCUUAUACGAAAACGUCCAACUAGAUCCGAAUUAUCAAUACCAACAUGAUCCAGUCAUCUGCUAUCCUGUGAAUUGCGAGCAACUUGUAGAGGAUAAGCCAUUAAAUCAGUCCUACCUCAACAUCAAAACAAAUGAGCAGCCGACAAGUGAUGACUAUAUUUUGGGACAGAAGAACGUAUACAUUUCUAUACCUCAGAUAUUUAACUCUUCCUAUACCUCGGGAUCAAAAUCCUCUGCUGCUGGUUCUGAAAUAAGACCGUUUGCUUCUUUGGAGUUACCGGACGAUAUGUGCGUUCUAUAA